AUGGUGGAGCCAUUGACGCUUGGUAGAGUGAUAGGAGAGGUUGUGGACAGCUUCACCCCAAGUGUGAAACUGAAAGUAGUUUACAAUCCCAACAGACAAGUUGCCAAUGGACAUGAGCUCAUGCCUUCUGUCAUUUCUGCUAAACCUCGCGUUGAGAUCGGUGGUGACGACAUGAGGGCUGCUUAUACGUUAAUAAUGACGGACCCAGAUUUUCCAAGCCCCAGUGAUCCUUACUUGAGAGAACAUCUCCAUUGGAUGGUCACAGACAUUCCUGGUACAACUGAUGCAUCCUUUGGAAAGGAAAAUAUGGAGUAUGAAGGUCCAAGGCCGGUUGUGGGUAUCCACAGAUACGUGUUCCUGUUGUUCAAGCAGAUGAGGGGAAGAGAAACAGUGAGAGGUCCAGCUUGCAGGGACAAUUUCAACACAAGGACAUUUUCACAAGAGAAUGGUCUUGGCCUGCCUGUGGCCGCUGUCUAUUUCAACGCACAAAGAGAAACUGCAGCUAGAAGAAGAUGA